CACCCCGUCCCCGCCCCCGGCCCGCGGCCCGGCCGCCCGCCCCGCCCGCUGGCCCGUGGGGCCGCCCGCCUGUGCCGCCGUCUGUCAGGUGCGAGGGGAGCGGGGCGGAGGUGUCUGACACGGCCCACCCACUACUGCUAACCAAAAUGGCGAACUUCACACCGGUCAAUGGCAGUGCGGGCAACCAGUCUGUGCGCCUGGUCACGUCAACGCAUAACCGCUAUGAGACGGUGGAGAUGGUAUUCAUCGCCACGGUGACAGGCUCGCUGAGCCUGGUGACUGUGGUGGGCAACAUCCUGGUGAUGCUGUCCAUCAAGGUCAACAGGCAGCUGCAGACAGUCAACAACUACUUCCUCUUCAGCCUGGCCUGUGCGGACCUCAUCAUAGGCGCAUUCUCCAUGAACCUCUACACCGUGUACAUCAUCAAGGGCUACUGGCCUCUGGGCGCCGUGGUCUGUGACCUGUGGCUGGCCCUGGACUAUGUGGUGAGCAAUGCCUCUGUCAUGAACCUUCUCAUUAUCAGCUUUGACCGGUACUUCUGCGUCACCAAGCCCCUCACCUACCCAGCCCGGCGCACCACCAAGAUGGCGGGCCUCAUGAUUGCGGCUGCCUGGGUCCUGUCCUUCGUGCUCUGGGCGCCUGCCAUCUUGUUCUGGCAGUUUGUGGUGGGCAAGCGGACAGUGCCGGACAACCAGUGCUUCAUCCAGUUUCUGUCCAACCCCGCGGUGACCUUCGGCACGGCCAUCGCUGCCUUCUAUCUGCCGGUGGUCAUCAUGACUGUGCUCUAUAUUCACAUCUCCCUGGCCAGUCGCAGCCGAGUUCACAAGCACCGGUCUGAGGGCCCCAAGGAGAAGAAGGCCAAGACUCUGGCCUUCCUCAAGAGCCCCCUGAUGAAGCAGAGCAUCAAGAAACCGCCCCCAGGAGGAGCUGCUCGGGAGGAGCUGCGCAACGGGAAGCUGGAGGAGGCCCCUCCCCCGGUCCUGCCACCCCCGCCGCGUCCAGUGGCCGACAAGGACACUUCCAAUGAGUCCAGCUCGGGCAGCGCCACUCAGAACACCAAGGAACGACCACCCACAGAGCUGUCGACCACAGAGGCCACCACGCCUGCCACGCCCGCCCCUUCCCUACAGCCACGGGCCCUCAACCCGGCCUCCAAAUGGUCCAAGAUCCAGAUUGUGACGAAGCAGACGGGCAACGAGUGUGUGACAGCCAUCGAGAUUGUGCCUGCCACGCCAGCUGGCAUGCGUCCGGCGGCCAACGUGGCCCGCAAAUUUGCCAGCAUCGCCCGCAACCAGGUGCGCAAGAAGCGGCAGAUGGCGGCGCGGGAGCGCAAGGUGACGCGGACCAUCUUCGCCAUUCUGCUGGCCUUCAUCCUCACCUGGACGCCCUACAACGUCAUGGUCCUGGUGAACACUUUCUGCCAGAGCUGCAUUCCCGACACGGUGUGGUCCAUUGGCUACUGGCUCUGCUACGUGAACAGCACCAUCAACCCUGCCUGCUAUGCCCUCUGCAAUGCCACCUUUAAAAAGACCUUCAGGCACCUGCUGCUGUGCCAGUAUCGGAACAUCGGCACUGCCAGGUAGGCAGGCACGGGUGCCACAGGAGGUGCUGGUGGUCGCAUGUGUGCGCUGGGGGACCACACGGCCCCGCUGCUGGGGGGCAGAGACUUGGAGGCACCUGUCCGUGUUCUUGUUCGCUAAGAGGAGAACUGAGGGCCUCCAGACCCGGUGAGGCUCAGGAAGAGGCUCUGGCUGGAUUUGGAGAGACCAGAUGUCUGCUCAGGCCGAGGCGGGUCAGCCCCAGGAGGGGUCUGCACCUGGACCGCCUGGCCCGCCUCUGUUGCCCUGCCUCAGGGAGCUGGGGGCGCUGGCCCACGUGGGCACCUGCCCCACUGUGACCCACCUGUGUGGCUGCAAGAAUGGACAACGGAGCCCGAAGCUCAGGCUCCCCUCGGGAGGAACGAAGGGGCCGGUGCUUGGGAAAAGAGGCUCAGGAAGGCAGUGGAAGGGUAGGGCCCUCCAUUCUGCUGUAAUUGGUGCUUUCUGCUCCCCUGCACCCCGCAUGUAGGCAGCCCCCUCCUCCCAAAUCCCACGCCAGGGGCAGAAAUCUCCCCUUGCUGCAGCUGCUCAGCCAGGCUCUGGUUGGGCGGG